AGCAGGGAUGCCACCAACACCGCACACAACUCCGGGCUCCGCUCCGGUGGCAGCCGCAGGUCCCCAGGUUGGGGACAGCCCCCGGGUCCGCCGUGACGCCGUGGCCCUGCCACCAGCUGAUGCCGUGUCCAGCAUCCUGCCUGGAAUACAGCAGAGGUCCCAGAAUGUCCCCCAGGAGCAGGAGGUGAGCAGGUACCGCCUGGCACUGAGACGCAUGGCGGGUGACCUUGUGUCCCUGCACCAGCGUGUCACCAGCCUGGAGGUGGAGAAUGGACACCUACGGCACAGCCUGGCUGGGCGUCAGGAGCCGGGCCGUGCUCUGCUCGCUGAUGGGGACGUGGAUGUCAUGACCAGGGAAGAGAUCCUGGACCGGUUGGCCACCUUGAAAGGAGAACUGGUGACCAGCACAGCAGAGAUGCGGCAAUUGAGGAACCGCGUGCAGCGGCUGCAGAAUGAGCUGAUCCGGAAGAACGAUCAGGAGAAGGAGCUGAUGCUGCUCCAGCGAGCCCACAGACAGCAGCAAGCUGCCCUGUGGCGGUGCCAGGAGGAGGUGGCCAGGACAAAGGGCCUGGAGGAGAUAGUGAGGCAGCAGGAGAAGGUGAUCAGGGUGAUGGAGCGGAUGCUGCAGGAGAAGCUAUCCAGGAGUGCUGAGAAGCCAGCAGGUGAAGCCCCAGCUGGGGAGCUGCACACCCUGCUGCUGGCUGAGAACCGCCGGCUGAGGGAGGAGCUGGCAAGGCCCCCACGCCCCCCACCACCCCCCAGUACCCCACGGCCCCCACAGGGCACCUUUGGUGACACAGAGAAGCUGUCCCUGCUGGCCAAGCUAGAGGAGGCACAAGCCCGUGGGCGAGCAAUGGAGAGGCAGCUGGAGGAGGCAGCGAGAAGAUGGGCACGGGAAAAGCAGGAGCUGGGCACUAGGUUGCUGGAGCAGGACCAUGGCUUUGGGGGCUCAGCCUCACGCCUUCUGCAUGCCACCACCUUGGUGAGCAUUCUGGAGGGAUGGGAAUACCCUGCAGUGGGGCUGGAUCACAUUUUGGGGGGGGUUGCCUCAAAUUUCCCAGAAGACAUGGGGAAAGAGAACCCCAGAGUGGGUCUGUAGACCUCUGAGAAGUGUU